GCGCGGGACAGCGACAGUGUCGUUGCUAUUCCUCUUUGUCACGUUUCGGGACCGUUAUAUCGCAAAACGUAGAACACUUCGAGCAUUCGAGUUCUUUGACCAGUUAAUUUAAUCAAAAUUAAUUUUUAAGUCAUAAAAAAGAAUUUGAUUCGUCGACUAUUACAACUUUGUAAAGUCGUGUAAAAGCUAUCUUAAACACUGUGACUCACUAAAAUAAUUUUAUCGCAAUUUUGACAAAAAAAAAAAAUUAAAUUCAAAAUAAAAAUUCACCACAUUUUCUUUUCCUUUGUAAUAAAGUAAUCGUAUUGUAUAUAUUUUGGUUUUGUAUACAAGUAAUCGAGACAUACAAAUAUAAUUGUAUUAACUCUUCAAGGUGUUGAGGGGAGUAUGCAUAUCCAGUAUUGUAAUUUUGAUUCUGCCAGGUUGCAACGAAUAAUAACUUGAUAAUACUUAUUGCAUCUUCUAGGCUCGAUGAAUUACAUCGAAUAAAAAGAGCAAAAGCCGCGGACGUAUGGAGAGAGAUCCACGGUUCACGUUCCUCCGUAAUUAAUAAUUUCGUGUCCCGGCACCACAGAUCCGUUUGAAUUUGUCGAAUGAUCUACAAUUAUGCGUACACGUCGUAUGGUGCUGAAUUAUUAAUGGUGUAUCGCCGCCGAAAAGUGUUCUCCCGCUCGAACAAAGAGAUGUAAUCGAUUAAAUCGGUAAAAAUGAAAAGCAACUGGAGUAGCCGAUCGCGCGAUUGCGGUCUCGGUCAAUUCGGCCGCAAACGAGGCGCGACCUAAUUGCAUAAAAUGUUGAAUCGCGAUGGGCGAGAGUUCGUGUUUUCUUAAGGGGAAGGAUGACGCUGAGAAAACUGUACGACUUUCGCGUCGCAGGGUUGGAAAAUUUUAAACGUCAACCACUCGACAAGAAAGGAAAGUUUCAUUCUUCUUUCUAACCGUUCCACGAUUGAAACUUUAAUAGUUACGUAAUAUUUCUCCGGCUGUAUUACGCGUGACGAGCAUUCGUGUGUAGCCUACCGCGGGGAAUAAGGCUCGUCGGAAUCUUCCUGUAGACGGAAGAUGCCUCGUUUGGAUUUAGAUUUCUUCAGCCAAGAAACCUUUAGAAUGAUCGACGACCGCGAUGCAAUCGUUUACGAAAUUCAUGACAACGAAAUCUUGGUCGAGAACGGAACUAUCCCUUACAAUAUAUCCUCGAACGAAGAUUAUAUCUUCGACAGGACCAGUGUAAAGGUGAUCUUUAUUACACUCUACACGAUCGUCUUCAUCUCAUGCUUUUUCGGUAACCUGAUGGUGAUCUUUGUGGUGAGCUUCUCCCGACGACUGCGCAGUAUUACGAACUUCUUCCUGGCCAAUUUGGCGGUGGCCGAUUUCUGCGUUGGCAUCUUCUGCGUGUACCAAACCCUGACGAAUUAUUUAACCAACAGCUGGCAGCUCGGCGAUUUCCUUUGCAAGGUUUAUAUGUUCGUUCACGCGCUUUCCUAUACCGCCAGCGUAUUGAUCCUGGUGGUGGUCUGCGUCGAACGAUACUUGGCCAUCGUUCAUCCGAUCAAAUGCAGAUCGGUGCUGACGAGAAGUCGCCUGAGACUCGUCGUAGGUCUCGUAUGGUUGAUUGCCGCGAUUUACGCAUCUCCGAGGUUCCUCUACGUCGAGACCAUGAGAAAUCAUUUAAUCACGGGCGACGUAGACAUUAUAUGUCUAGCAAACAUCAAGAAACACAACAAGAACGUUCUAGACGCCGUGAACCUGGUCUUCCUUUACAUCGUUCCUCUCGUUUUGAUGUCUUGUCUCUACUCGAGGAUCGCCAUUGGAUUAUGGAGAAGUGGGGCCACUCUCAGAGGACCUGGUCUGACGACUGGGACCGGUAGCGUUAGAGUCCGUCAGGUCCCUAAUUCCAGCAGGAACAUCCUUCGUGCCAGACGUGGCGUCAUAAGAAUGUUGAUUGCCGUGGUGGCGAUGUUCGCCGUCUGCAACUUACCGCAACAAGUACGAAUCGCCUGGCGACGCUGGGGCUCGAAUUACGAUCGGACGUCGGACUUCAGCACUCUCCUCACUCUAUCGACGUUCUUGAUCUCUUACACGAAUUCGUGCCUGAAUCCCUUGCUAUACGCAUUUCUCUCCCGUAACUUUCAGAAGGGAAUGAGAGAACUUCUAGCCUGCAAAGGUUCCAGGGGUCGUGGCGUCAGUUUGGCGAUGGGCUGCACCGGAGGAGACACAGGGACGCGUCACGAGCAUGGUUUCAACGCUAAUCAUCCCCACAGUUCGAUGGUCCGAUCCAGCUCGGCUCAAGACAGUCCUCGCACUGCUCGAACCAUCGCCAGACCUGACCAGUCCACUCGCGUGAACGUUACCUGAUCUGAUCCAUUCGACAUAUCGACGAAAGUUCCGCGUCAUUUCGUACGCACCGCAUCCACCGAUAGACUUUCCUUAAAAAGACGACUGGCGGCAGAAUCAGUUUAGAAACCGAGAGUUCGACGUGCUUGGAACGUUCAACUAACCGUACGAAGGUGACGAAGAAAAGUUAUCAGUCCGUAUUCCACGGAGCACGAAACGACAAUAUUCCUGCUUAUAAUUCCCGUCGACUCCUAAACAGAGUUGGGUUCAUGUUAUUCCGAAUAAAGUGUAACGGAUGAGUAACAAAAAACAGUUUUACUGGACGAGAAACGAUUCGUUGUUCGCGAAUCAAUCAGUAGCGUUAUUCGAUUAAGAAUUCAUUCGUUAUUCGGAAGGUCUCGGCGACGAGUAAAGGUGACGAAUGGAACGCCUCUGUCGAGCAGUGUUCAAAUAUAAACAAUAUACGUUGUUUUGUAGAUUUAUUCUGAAAUUUAUUUCAGUUAAAAAUUAUUUAUUAUUUUCCAAUAACUUCCUUUUAUUUGAACAUUAUUCCAAGAAAAAUUUAUUCGAAAGUUUGCUCGAAAUCUUAUUCGAAUAACGCCGAAGUCUACUCAUAAGCCAGGGUUCUGGCUUGUUGAACUAAUGACACAAGAAAUUAAAAUUUGCCAUGAUAGGUUGGUAAUUUAUAAACUACAAAUAUACAGUAUUACAGAAAGGAACAAGAUACUGUAUGAGUGUAAUUUAAAAAUCUCAAGAUUAUAAAACAUUAAUAUAAAUGAUUAAUUUCAAAAUAAAUAAAUCAAUGUAUGAUUUAUACGAAUCAAAACCUUACCCUAAAGCCCUUUUCCCAACAAAGCGACUCUUUUUCAAAUUUCAAAUCGGUUACAAAAAAAAAACAUCAAAAGAAGAAUAUAUAAUUCUACUUGUUAGAACAAGUUAAAGAUAAAAAUCAAAGAAAACAAAUUAAAGAUAAAAACGAAAAUAAAAGAUAAAAAUCGAAAAUACAAAUGUUAGGUGGGAGGAGGGCCUAACUCUAUAAGAUUUAUCAUGCACAGGGGGGAAUUUAUAUUCCCAAGUACAAAAGAACACUUGUAUGGUUUAAGAUACAUGUUUGGAGGUUUACACUUUUGGAAUUUUCAAUAAGAACAGUGGUUAGCAAGGAUGAUCACCAGGAAACUAUAAUAUUAUUACAAUAUUGAGAAAAUACAUCAGGUAAAACUAGCAAGUGGUCUUUGGAUAAGAUACUCUGACAUUUCGCCGACGUUCCGAGUAACUUCUUCAGGAGUCAGCUGACGCACUGUUCGUCGGAAGAGAUUCGAAGAACUUCUAUCGGUGAGCAGUGAAUCAUGUUAUCAGCUCGGUGAUUAGUAGCCAAUGAACUGUGACAUGAGCACGGGUACCUUAAAAUGACCCACGAUGCACGAUGCACAAUGCACGCUAAUGUCAGUGUGCCUUUUGACCCUUGAAAAUGCUAGCUACAAUGCUGGCGAAACUAAAGUGGAUCUUAUCUGAAGGAUACGAUUUACGUGCGGAAGUCUCAUAACCAUGAAGAACGAUGCCAUAGAAAUCUCAAAUAUCUUUACAUUACAACUACGUUAUGUUAAGGAUAGAAUCUGACGUUUGUAUUUUUGACAAAAUAAAUCAACCCAUUUGCGGUGAAAUAAACAGUAAAUUUGAUCUCCCGAUGAAACAAGAAUAUUCGUUUCUUUUUGUUUCACGUUGAAUAAAUUACAUUCUGCUACUUUUUUGUAUGUACUUUCUCACAAUUGUAACAUCGUUGUCAAUUACUUCCUGAUUUUUCAUUCAAUUUAUUUCCUCUUAUACCUUCUACCUUCUAUUUUACGUUUCUAAUAUCAAGUAUUAACGAAAAUAAUAAAAUUCUGAAUCUGUACAUCGCAAAUUUGUAUCGUUAGGGCGAAAAUAAAACUUACAAAAUAUGUUUUGUAAUAUCAAUGUUGUAAAUAUGUAGUGCAUAAAAUACAAAAAUUUUCAUAAUUUUUUCAUAAUCAGGAAGAAAAUUUGAAGUGAC